CUCCAGAACUAGGUCCGUUGUCGCCCACCGCCCGAGACCUGCCAGCUGCGUGUCCACGAGUACUCCCGUUCCCUGUGGUGUUUCUGAGUCAGAGUGUCUGGCUCUUUCGUGAGCUCCUAGUUCAUUUCUGAUCAACACUAGCCACAUAAAGGAUUCUGCAGGUUUGCAAAUUCCCACUUGGACUUUCGCAAUCAGAGGUAACAGCAAUGGCCUCAGAAUGGGGGGCUACUACAUCUUGGUAUUCUCACCCAGUAUAUGCAAGAUACUGGCAACAUUAUCAUCAUGCAAUGCUUUGGAUGCAAAGCCACCAGAAUGCCUACAGAAAAUUCAGGGAAUCCUAUUUCACUUCCCCGUGGUUCUUCCAUAAUGGAGUUCUUCCCUGGAACUCUCUUGCUUAUGAGGCUGGGCAUCCUUGGAAUUCUCAAGGCCAGCACAUGGCGUGGCAGGAGUCUCCCCACCUUGUUUCCCAUCCCAAAAGCCCUGGGCAGCCUCUGCAUAAUAGCAGUAGAACCCCGGCAUCUACAAGAGGAAAUGAAGCACUAUAUGAGGAAGAAGGGAUGGAAUCGGAUUCAGAUGAUGGAGUCGAGUGUGACCUGAGCAAUAUGGAAAUCACUGAGGAGCUCCGCCAGUACUUCGCACAGACUGAGAGGCACAGAGAAGAGAGAAGGCGACAGCAGCAGCUGGAUGCGGAGCGCCUGAAUGACUAUGUGAAUGCGGACCAUGGCCUGUACUUCAACCACCAUAGGUCAAUGGGGCCCCCAUCUGAGAAGCCCUGGGAGCGGCGCCAAGCAGAGAUGAAGCGCUUAUAUGGCAACAGUGCUCCCAAGAUCCUGGCCAUGGAGGCUGCUAUACAGCUGAGCUUUGACAAGCACUGUGACAGAAAGCAACCGAAGUACUGGCCUGUCAUUCCCCUGAAGUUCUGAGUCCUGGGCACCAGGACCCUAGGCAAUGCAUCACAGUUCAUAGCCUCUCCCUCUUCAUCUCUUCUGAAUAUUUUUCAGAGAAAGAGGCCUGUAUACCGACCGACAUGGUGGAUACAGUCUGUCACCAGGAGGUAUACUGUUGCCAACACAAGGAAUGUUCACUGACAAAGUGAUAACUGUAUGUAUUGUACUGGCUCUUGGUUUUCUCUUUAACAGUCAAGUUCAUUGAAAUUAUUGCCUAGCAAUACUGCCUGUUUUGCAUUUUUAAUUUCCUUCUUUAAACCAUCCAGAAUGUCAUAAAAGCCUUAA